AUGAAACGAACCACUCCAUCAAUUUUACAGCAAUUCCGAUCUUCCUUCUCAUCCAUUCAUCCUCAUUAUAAAAGAAAUCACAGGUGUAAUGUAAAUCAUAUUGUCGGUGUUACUACAAGAAAUUAUCGUCCCUUGAAACCGAAUAAUUUCAAUUUAAUCCACUUGAAUUUUUAUCAAACAAGAAAUAUAACUUCUUAUUUGUGGAGCAAAAUUGGUGAUAAUUUACAAAAGCAAAUAACAGAAUGGAUUUCAGCAAUUCAAAAAGAAGAUCAACAUUUUUCACAACCACAACCUUUGUUACUUCCUUUGAAUUUUGAAAAUCAAAAACUUUCUCAAAGAAAUGAUCCAAAAAAUCAAGAAAUUACAAUUUACAUUAAGGGAUUUUUAGCUUCUCACACCUCAACUUCAAAUUUGUUAAAACAAUUUAAAAGUGGAGAACAUAAAUAUGCCAUGUCAGCGGAUGAAUCUCAUUUCCAAUCUUGGAAGAAUUCACAUGAAAUUCUUUGUUUAAGCGAGUCACAUCGAUGGAGCUCACAUGCAAAGUGCUGGCAAUGGGAAUCAGGAAAGCUUCCACAUCAAUUCGAUCUUAAUGCACUAAAUUCUGAAUUGCUAUUUAAAAAAGAUAUGGCGACCAGUGUUUCCACAACAACGCCAAUCACUACAGAUGGAAUAAGCAAUAAUAGUGUUGACACUAAUUUCAAUCCAUUAUCUUUUACGCCAGUUCCAAUUGCAACAUUAACAUUUGCUGGAUUGAACAUUUUGAAUGCAGUUAGAAAAAGCAAAUAUUUAUUCAGUGCAGCGUCGUUAACAGCGUUACCAGCCAUGUUACUAACGGAUGUAGCUCUUUCCUUGGCGAUGGCCUAUUAUGAGUUUCAAAAAGCAAACGAAAAUGCAAAGGAGUAUGCCAUUGAGCUGAGCAAGGAACUUCAUUUAUUGAAAGCUCAAUAUGGAAAGGUGAGAGUUGUGGCUCACUCUCUUGGAUGUAAACAUUUGAUUGAAGCUUUAAAGCUAAUGCCUGUCGAGUUGAGACCUGACGAAGUGCACUUAUGUGCUCCUGCCAUAUCCGAAGAAGAAGCUCAAGAGAUUCUUGUCCAAGGAGUGUCAACAAAGAAUACUUUUCAUUACUAUUCUCCAAAUGAUUAUUUACUGAGCUACAUUUUUCCAAUUGUAUCUUCAUCAAAGCGUCAAGCGUUGGGCGUGCAUGAGAUGAAAUCAUUGCAUCUUUAUGCGAAUACUCGCUCCCUAAAAGUGUGUGAACAUUUUGAUGGAAUUUGGGUCCACAACAUGUAUGGACAGAACUUUUAUAAGUUUGCAAUUUCUGCACAAUAA